AUGGCGCCCGUCAAAGUGCCGAAAAGGGCGGCAAAAUCAAUAGAGAAAUUAAUCGAGAAACCAAUAAAUAAAUCAAAGAAAAUGAAGAAAAAGAACUAUCAGAGUUUUUCUAUAUAUUUAUACAAAUUAUUGAGAACCGUGGCGAAGGAAAACUUGGGUAUUUCGAGGAAAUCAAUGUUGAUUAUGAACAAUUUUGUUAACGAUAUGUUGGAGAAGAUUGCUGAAGAAGCAGGCAGGUUGGUUGCUCAUAGUAAGAAGACCACAAUGAGUAGUAGAGAGAUCCAGGCUGCAGUUAAACUGAUAAUACCUGGAGAAUUAGCCACUCACGCGAAUAUAGAAGCCUUGAAAGCCAUCAGUAUGUAUCAUAAAAGCCACGAAAGGGAUGCCGCAGCAAAAACCUGA